UCCAUUCAAUGAUCCUCCUCAAGGUGAAAUACUUGUAAGCGGUCCAAACAUAUCACCCGGAUAUUGGAAGCAACCUGAAAAAACAGCUGAGGAUUUCGUGAUCAUUGAUGAUGUGCGGUAUUUCGCUACCGGUGAUAUUGGUGAAUUUCGUGAGGACGGGUCACUUCGCAUAAUUGAUCGGAAGAAAGACUUAGUAAAACUUCAACAUGGCGAAUAUGUAUCGUUGGCCAAAAUCGAGACUGCAUUGUUGAAUUGUCCAUUGAUAGACAAUAUCUGCUGUUAUGGCGAUUCACUGUCGUCAUACUUGAUUGCACUUGUUGUACCUAACAAGAAACAUCUGACUGAAAUGGCUGAAAAGUUGGAUAUCGUCACAUCCAGUUGGACUGAUUUGUGUCAUAAUAUGGAAAUUGUUAAAGAAUAUCAGAAACGUAUGGAGGAGCAUGCUGUGAAAAACCAUUUGUUGAAAAAUGAAUUGCCGGGUAAGAUCUAUUUAUGUGAUGAAAUAUGGACGUCUGAGAAUGGUCUUUUGACUGAAGCAAUGAAACUGAAACGUCGUCAACUAAAAGAGAAAAUGCAAUUAGUUCUUGAAUAUGAAACACUUAUAUAUGGCCCUGGUUCAAACUUGAAAGCAAAUCUG